UCUUCUAGGAACAAUUUUUAAACGUCAUCGCUUCUGCAUGCAUUGCGUGCCGUUUAUUUCAUGGGUCAUUAUGAAAAGCUUUGACUAAAGAACUACACUGGUCCCAAGGUACUACAGAUAGUUAGUAUGUAGACGAUAUUAUUUGUUGUUUCAAAAACUAAUGAUGCUAGUUUGUUUGUUUGUUUGUUUGUUUGUUUUUUUCAAAAUCUCAAUACCUGCCAUCCUAACAGCUAAGUUUACUAUGGAACAGAGGAAAAGGGUCAGUUGCCAGUUUUAGAUGUAUUGUUAUCUAUGCAGAGUGCUUAUGAUCAUCAAGGCUUGUGUAAAUAUCACUUCUUUUUAUCGUAAAAAGACUUACAACAGGUUACUAACCAAUUAUUUUAGCUUUACUCCCUUUACAUGUAAAUUUCAAUUAGUGUUGAUCAAAACUCUCAUAGACCUGGCCUACGAAAUAAAUAGCACUUCUCAGGGUUUUCACAAUGACAUAAAAAAUCUUUGUUAUAUUUUGAAACGCAAUAUGUUUCCUAAGUGGCUUAUUGAUAAAUCAGUUAAAGUUUAUCUUAGUAGGGUCAGAACAACAGAAAAGGAGACUUCUAAAUCUGAUACAUUCAGCUGCCCUUUCUAUAAGUUACCUUAUAUCGGUUAUUAUUCUUCUUACAGGGGAAGAAAAUUUUCAUCUAUUAAUAAUUAUUAAAAAGUAUUGCAAAGACUUAAACGUAAAAAUUAUUUUCUCUCCAUUCAAACUUAAAGAUAUGUUUAGUCCUAAAGAUGUUGUUCCCGAUACUCUUAAAUCACGUGUUGUUUAUCAAUUUACUUGUGCGAGUUGUGGAGUUCGUUGUAUUGGUGAAACCAAUAGGCAUUUUAACACACGUGUUAAUGGGCAUCUUUUUCAGGACAAGAAUUCCCAUGUUUUUAAACGUCUUAAUGUUGGGGGAAUUGUCGAGAUAAGUGUGAUGUUUCUAGUUUUAACUGAAAUUCUAGAUCAUACCAAUAUUUUUUCUCAACUUAAAAUAAGGAAGAGUUUUUAUAUGAAACAGUUUUAACUGUUUGAUAUAAAAACUCUUCCUUAUUUUAGGCAGGCAGCCAAUUGACAUCAGCGUUAAAUGGAAAUAAAUUAUAGGUCAGUAAGAUAGCACAAAUGCAUACAUCAAAAGAAAGGAAAAGAAGGGAAAAAAAGCCAUUACUACGCUAUCAGGGAAGUCCAAAAUAAUGAAAUUUAUAUAUGAGUAUAAGAUUUUAAUAUAAGAGAAGCACACAAUUUUAUAGCUUUGAAAUCUAAUAAAACAUAAUAACAUUGUAUGGAUAUUAUGUAAGCUAUAAAAGAACAUCUAAUGCGGCUUAGAACGGUGACACAAUUUAGCGAAAGACUAAGUGAAACAAAUGACACAACUGCAAUCUAAAAUAAUGUGAAUACAUAUACUGAACUAAUCAUGUAACUAAUAAUCUUUAACAAGAUCGCUUUUUAAAGAUUCCUUAAAUUUUGAUAGUGACGAUACCCCUUCUAUCAUGAUUCCACUGCCAUUUAAAGAUCAGCAAUCGGCUAAUUCAGUCAAACGAAAAAUGCAGAAUCUGAGCGCCCACAUUGGUGUCCACAUUAAACCUGUCUUCCAGAGCAUGAUGAAGAUUGGCCAAGUGCUCACUCCGAAAUAGAAGAAGCCCCCUUAUUGCUGUUUACAAAUUUCAAUGUAAUCUGUGCGACGCAGAUUAUGUCGGGUACACAACCCAACAUUUACAUCAACGCAUUAGCGAACACAAAUACUCAGCAAUCAGCAGGUACAUAGAUGAGCAUGGGCUAACUAAGUCUGCUUUAGAGGACAAACAAUUUUCUAUCUUGAAGAAAUUCAGAUCGAAGUUUCAUUGUUUAGUUUUUGAAAUGCUUUUUAUUAAGGAAUUGAGCCCUGUGUUAAAUAAACAGAAAGACUCAAUUCGUGCCAAACAUUUUACAUGAUUCUUUGCGUGCAAAUAUGUUAUAUUUUACGUAUUUUAGCACUUUUUAGAAUUUUUGUAUCAAUUUUUUGAUUUGAUUACUUACUAUCAUUUUACAUUCAAAUACCCUGAGAAAUGCAAAACCACAGUGGCAUUGCGAUGAGAGGUGCCAGAUCUCUUUGAGACCUAAAUCUGCGAAAUACGUUAGAUAAUAAGUAGUAAACAGCAGCUGCCUAAAACGUUUGUUUUACAAAAAAGGAGCAUUUGACGUAUGCAUAUUCUAAUCGAUAAUCUGUAUAUUCAACUGUGUUUUUGUAUCUAGUUUCUAUUUUUCCUUGUCGCCUGAUUAGUCGUCUGUUUACUGCUUAUCAACUUCCGAUAUCCUAGACCCUCGUACUGUAAUCGCAUCAUAUGGACACGAGACGUAAUUGAAUACCAACCUUUUAGUAUUCUCCAGUCAAACACCAGACGUUUUAUAAGCAACUUUUGGCUGUUUGUACGUCUCGUGAGUUCUGAGCUAGUUCGACAAUCUAACUCAUUGGUAGCCAGGGAUACAGAAAAGAACUCUUCCAAGUCAUGUUACUGAUCUGGAUCCUCGUACUGGGUAUUACAGCACCAAAGAUAACUACUUCAGAUGCGCCAGAGAUGACUACUACAGAUGCACCAGAAAUACUUACUACAAAUGCCGCACCAGAAAUUUCUACUACCGAGAGUCCAGAGAUACCUAGUACAGAUGAACAGGAGAUAACCUCUACAAGUGCACCAAAGAUAACUACUACAGUUGAACCGUCAGAACCAGAGGUGACUACUACAGAAGUAUCAGAAACAACUAGCACAGAUGCACCAAAGAUGACUACAUCAGAUGCACCAGAGAUAACUACUGCAGAUGCACCAGAGAUAACUCCUACAGAUGCACCUGAGAUAGCUACUACAGAUGCACCAGAGAUAACUAGUACUACUACAAGUGCACCAGAGAUAGUUCCGACAGAUGCAUCAGACAUAACGACCACAGAUGAACCAGAGAUAACUGCUACAGAUGGAUCGGGCAUGACUACUACACAUGCACCAGGAAUACCUACUACAAAUGUACCCGAGAGAACUACCACAGCACCGUGGAUAACCACUACAGAUGCACCAGAGAUAACCACCGCAGACGCACCGGACAUGACUACAGGUGCACCAGAGAUACCUACUACAGAUGAACCAGAGACAAGUACCACAGCAUUGCAGAUGACAACUACAGAUAAAGCAUCAGAGAUGACCACCACAAAUGCACCAGAGAUAAAAACCACAGACGCACCAGAAAUAACUACUGCAGAUGCACCGGGCAUGACUAUUGCAGAUGUACCAGAGAUACCUACUACAGAUGUUGCAGCACAAGUAAAAAGCGUUAAAACAACCACAGAUCAACUAGAGACAAGUACCACAGCAUCGCAGAUGACAACUACAGAUAAAGCAUCAGAGAUAACCACCACAGAUGCACCAGAGAUAACCCCCACAGACGCACCGGGCAUGACUACUACUGAUGCAGCAGAGAUACGUACUACAGAUGCACGAGUUAAAAGCGUUAAAACAACCACAGAUCAACCGGAGAAGAGUACUACAGCACCAGAGAUAACCACUACAGAUGCACCAGAGAUAACCACCACAGACGCACCAGAGAUAACUGCUACAGAUGCACCGGACAUGACUGCUACAGAUGCACCAGAGAUACCUACUACAGAUGCACCAGAGAUAACCACUACAGAUGCACCAGAGAUAACCAACACAGACGCACCGGACAUGACCACCACAGAUGCUCCAGAGAUACCUACUACAGAUGUUGCAGCACGAGUCACAGGCGUUAAAACAACCACAGAUCAACCAGAGACAAGUACUACAGCAUCGGAGAUAACAACUACAGAUAAAGGUAUGUUUAUCUCGAAUAUGACUGGAAAUUGUUAA